UCUCAAUAUGUAAAUGACGAUCAUAAACUUGAUUCGAGUCUGUGUGGCAUAUGAUAUUGUUUUGUGUUUUGGAAUCAUCUGGUCGGCGCCACUACUUGCGUAUAAAUAGGUAACAAAGAAAAUUAAACGGCGGUCUCAUGAAGCAAAAACAAUCCGGAAAACGUGUUCCGGUUUACGUCGAAAUUGCAAAGACGCGACGAUAACGACAAUGACGAUAAAAAUAUGCUGUACAAAAAUAUUAUAGUAUAUUUGGGUCUUGAAAACCUUACUCGGAUGAACGCGAACAAUCAAUCGAAUUGGCCAACGAACCGUUUCGGGCGCAUCGAACGGCAUUGGGAUCGUACGGCUAUACAGUAACAAAAUACACACUGCAGGUACACGAAGCCGACCUUGGGCGCGUUUUCACCGAGCCUGUGUCGAGGGCACUUCCGGUCUCGGUGUCAGAUAAAUAUCCAUCAAUCUGGAGGAUUUCAAUCAAGUCACUCGAGUCACCGCAAUGAUGUUCCAGCGGAUCGCAGCUCUUCUGAUCGUCGGAUCCGGCGCGUCAACCGCGUUCGUCCACUCCACCAACCAGCAGUCCAGCCAUCAGUCCAACCAUAAAUCGGAAUCUAGUUACAGCAGUAGUUCGUCACGUAAUGGUGGUCAUUCAUAUAGUUACAUCAGCCAAUCAGCUCACGGCCCAGGUUAUAGUUACAGUUACAGUCACUCCGAUGGCGGAUCACCAUUGUUUUUACCUGAGUACGCUUCUGGAUAUCAUUCAUACACACCUCUAUUCAUUCCAUCAAUCGAUUUUGAUCUAGACUUUGAUUUGGAUGAUGAUCUAGAUACUGAUCUAGAUUUCUACAUUGAUACAGACUUAGAUUUAGACAUAGAUUUGGAUUUUCCGGGCAUUGAAUACGGACUCGGUUACAUUGGAAAAUACGGACACUGGUAUAGAAAACCAAAAUACGGAAUUUCCAAGUUAUACCACAGCAUCGAUCUAGAUUUUUUGAAUUAUGGAGGAAAUUACGGAUACGAUCAUUUAGGACCUUCACAUUUUGGAUCACUUAAUUUUUUCAAAUAAAUAUAUUAGUCAAAGUAGUAAA